UCUGUAAUUCUGUAUUUUCAAAUUGUCAGAAAUUAAGAAUCAGAAAUUGACCACGAAAAUACUAUAUUUUGAAGAAAGUAUUGAAAUAUUUUCGGCUUUUAGCGAACACUUCACAAGAAAUUAUAAUGAACGAUUAAUUGUAACCAUAUAAAUCUAUUUUAAAAUGCUUAGCUAAUAGUUCUACAAAGUUUUGCAAACCAAAAACGAAACAUAGUCUCAGUGUUUUCAGCAUGUUUAAAAGUCGAGGCGAUAGCAAUAUUGUUUAUAAAUGUACUGUACGGUUGUUAGAAGAUACAGAAAUAUUGGAAUGUGAAUUCCACCCCAGCUACAAAGGUAAAUUCCUUUUAGAACAUGUAUGUCAACAGUUGAAUCUUACUGAAACAGAUUACUUUGGACUGCGCUAUGUUGAUGCAGGAGGCCAGAGGCAUUGGUUACAUCUGGCCAAGUUAAUACUGAAACAAGUUAAAGAUGCAUCACCAAUACUGUUCAGUUUCCGUGUCAAGUUUUACCCUCCAAACCCCUUGUUGCUGAAGGAGGAUGCAACGAGGUUUCAGAUAUACUUGCAGUUGAAAAGAGAUCUACUGCACGGGAGAUUGUAUUGCACUUCCAAUGAGGCUGCUAUGCUGGGUGCACUUAUUAUACAAAUCGAGCUUGGUGAUUAUGACCCCAAUAUUCAUGUCGGGAACUAUGUGACUGAAAUGAGACUAUUACUGAGACAAACUGACGCCAUUGAAGCUAGAAUACAGGAGUUACACAGAGAGCCAGUGGAGGGUACGCCUGGUGGCACGGGCGGGGUCAAAGGCAUGACCACACAGGAGGCCGAACAGGCGUUCCUCAAAAUUGCCUGCCAACUCGACACAUAUGGGGUCGACCCGCAUCCUGUUAAAGAUCAUCGGAGUAACCAACUGUACCUGGGCAUCAACCACAGCGGCAUACUGACCUUCCAGGGCAGCAGGAAGACUCAUCACUUCAAGUGGUCGGAGGUGCAUAAGAUCAACUUCGAGGGGCGCAUGUUUAUAGUGCACCUCAACUAUCCCGAAAAGAAGCACACAGUGGGCUUCAAAUGUCCGAGCGGCGCCGCGUGCCGGCACGUGUGGUGCUGUGCCAUAGAGCAGAUGUUGUUUUACACACUGCCGUCGUCGUCGGACGCGUGCGUGUACUCGGGCGGCGGGCUGUUCUCGUGGGGCACCAAGUUCAAGUACGUCGGCCGCACCGAGCGGGAGAUACUCGAGAGAGAUGGCCUGCUGACGCCCAGAGAUUCACAGGAAGAGGGCUCCAGUGCAGGAGGCAAGAGAAAAGCGUCGAGUGUGCCCGCCACGCCGUCUACGCCUAUGACCGGAGAUUUCGGUUACAGCAGUCUUCCUCGGUCGACCCACAGCGCGCCGCUGGAGGAGAGCGGCGCGGUGCCGGACAGCGAGCUGUGCGACGGCGGCUGCCUGCUGAGCGGGCCCACCGUCGACAUCGCGCUGGCCUGCUGCGACCACCUCCGAGCUGUCACCGAGGAGCCCAAGCCGACAGCCGCGUGUCCCGAAUACAGCGCGCGGGACCCCUUCGAGCAUUCAUCCACCGAGUCCGCGUCGACCACGCACGUGACGUACGUCUCGCAGACGUCGCACGUCGCGGACGACUGGCGCCCGCCCGCACUGCAGCCCCCACCACGGCCCUUCAGCCUGCUCCGAGCGUUCGUGCCGUCCUUCUUGUUCGUAUGGCUCUCUCUCGCUCUAGCCGCGCUGCUCCUCUUCGAGACCGACUGGCCGGUGCUGCGCCAGUUGAAACGGAAACCGGAGUUGGUCUCCCUACGUCAUCACUAUUACACACCCUUGAAGGAGUAUUUGAAGAGGAAGGUCAUAGAACUUUUUUGAUCGGACCAUAACGUGGAUUCGUGAUAAACGGGUAUGGUUGGGCCUACGUUGUUACCUGUCGGUUUUGUGAAUGAAAUUGUAUAAUAAGCAAAAUCUUUUUUUUCUGUGUCUAAUUUCGAGUUUGUCCGAGGAUAGUUGAUAUGGUGGUCGACAAGUUUCAUUCACGACACUGAUUAGUCUUUGAACAUGUAUUGUUGAAUCUCGUUGGUACUGUUUUGAUGUAUGCAAAUGGUAUUCAAAUAAGAAUAUGCUGGGAUAUGUUGGACAUUGUGUUUAUUUAUUAUACUUUUAGUUGCUUAACAGUUCCUACGUUGAGAGCGCGCUGCUCUACGAAAUACACAGUUGGAGUUAAUCUUUAACUGUAUUUUUCGAAGCUUUAAAGUGUCUCUAGCAAAAAGUUGCCAUAAAGAUAAUUACUCGUAUUUAGCGGUAGAACCAUGGGCUAGUAUAUUCGCAGUUUUAACAAAAUGACAAAAGACAACUGACUGACUUAUACUAGUAUGAAAACACCCAGUAAAAACUAUCUAUAGCUUGGCAAAUUCGUUCGUAACACUCCCAAUGGUCCGCGCGGGUCGGGAUGUCGGGGGUAGCGAUGCUCCGCGCGCACUUCCUCACACCCGCGCAGUCCUUUCCACCCGUCGCCCGCAUAUCAUGGGAGUUUCAUCAACGAACUUGCCAAGUUAUAGAAAGAAAUUUGGAUAAUAGUUUAUAUUUGUAACACAGAAGCUAUUAAAAGAGUGACAAAAACUUUUCUGGGGGAAAUUGGAUGGGGGCUUAUAUUGUAGGCGGUUCUUUGAAGUUAGAUAGAUGGUCAAGGUAAUGACUGAAUGAAUGUGGAAGGAAAAUGGAUGUCACUGACCUUUACAAAUAGAUUACAAUUAUAUAAAUGGUGUCCCAAAAAAUUACCGUAAAUGGUAACACAUUUUAAUUUUUUUUUUGAAGUUGUCUUACCAAUAAAUAAUCAUCUCUUAAUUAUUUGAUUUAUGAUGUAAAUAUUACAAAUAAAAAAGUGUAUUCAAACAAAAAGAACAAAGUCAUUUUGUUAUUUGCUGUGUGCUAUUUUAAAAAGUCCAUAUUUUAGAACUGCAAAGUUCUGCCAUCUAUAGCGACGCUUUGUAUUUAGGUUGAUUUAAUUUUACAAUAUUGUGAUAUUAACUUUUUAAUGAAGACAUUAUUUUAUUUUUGCAAUAUCGCUUGAUUUUUUAGUGUUACGUUAGAAGGUGUUGUAAAUUUAAAAUCCAGUACAAAAUUAUCAGUGACUACAGUUAUACGAGUUACUUAUUCUUACUUGAAUAGUAUUAGAAACUGUUUUAAGAAACCAUAUUUUUUACGAGAAAACGAUUGUUAACUAAGGAUUUCAAUGUAGCAAGCUUCUACAUAUUAUGUAAGUAUAAUGUAAAUUAUUUAGCGUCAAUUCUGAAGUGUCAAAACUUUUGGACACGUUUUAAGGAUUUUCUCCAAUUUGCAUUUAAUAUAGCAUUUAAUGAUAUUUAUAUUUAUUAAACUAUUGACAUAUCUUUAUUUAUUGUAAAGAUAUAUUUUUAUUGUACGCUUUUUUACUUGCACUUUAUUUUGAAGCUUGCAAUGUAAUUGGGUACAUGUUUUAUAUAAACAAAAUUAUGUUGUUUACUAAGUAAAUGUUUGAUUAUUAUUAUUUUAAAUAUACCUGGUGUUGUUAUUGUAAAUCCAAAAAUAUAAAUAUGUUGUUGAUUCAGUCAAAUAUUUACUUAUGAAUCUAAAUACACAUUUUUAAUUAUUUUUAUUAAUUAAUUUUUUUUUAAUAUAAACAUGUACUCGAUUCUCUUAUACGCACAUGAAGAAAUAUACUUUGUUGUUAUUUUUUUUUAAAGCGAGCACAAAUAGGGUAGUUUACUUAUACUUAUAAGGUCUUCUCAUUAGCACAAUGCAAGUUAGUAAAGGGUUAGGUGGGAUGAAGUGUCACAAGAAGCAGGUGCUACUCGUGUACAUUGUACACACCCUGUAUAAUCUGGUUACAUUUUUUCUAUUAAAUGUACAGUUUUGUGUAAAAAAAACUCUUUGCAAACAUUUCUCAAAUGAUAAAGAAGAAUAAAAAGAACCCUCACACACGCAAUAUUAUUAACAAUACAUACCAAUGAUUAUUUUAUACUAUAAGUACUUGUAUAGUAUAAAAUAUUCUUAAUACAUACAUAGAGUUCGUACAACGCUAGGAAUUGUCAAUAAUAUUGAGUGGGCUAAAUUAUAUUUGUACUUAAGCAUGUCCUUGAAUGAAUGUACAAAAUAAAAUUAGUACUUUUUUAAAUAUACUUAAUUUAUAGAAUCGAAACAUCCUGUAUAAAUACGUACAUAUUAAUACUAUUAAGAAUCUCUAUUUUAUUUGCUUCUGCCGUUUAUAAAUUAGACAUUCCGAUUUUAACAUUGCAAGGAUUUUUUUUUUUAUAAUUAGAGAAUACUUUUUUAUAAUAUUGCAUCGUAUUAUUAUGGUUGUUAAUUUUAAUUAUUAAGUUUUACAUCUUAAUUAAGUCCAAAAGAGUCAGAAUGCUUUAAAAUACUAUAAUAAUUUUAAUAAUAUUAUUUUCAUACAGUGAUAUGAGUAUUUAUAUGUAAUAUGUAUAUGUACUUAAAAUUUUAAAAUAACUUAAUUGAUAUAUAAUUCCUAUUAUAUUAUUAUUUAAAACCGAUUGAUAUUAAUUAUUAUUAUUCUUAAUUAUGUUUAAACUGUCACAUAAAUCUGAUAAUUAAUCGAAAUAGAAUGAAUGUUAAACAGUCUAUAAUUUUCUGACUAGUUUUUGACGGAAUUGAAUUAAGAAAUAAUUUAUUUUUAAGUUAUUUUUUUUUUAAUUUUGAAAUUUUUAUAUAAUGUUGAUUACAUUUUAAGCACUAUUACUAGUUACAGCCUCUACACACUUGCGUAGGCGUUCGUUGAACACAUGCGUAGCGCAUACGCCGCGACAAAUGCGUCGCAAUGUUACACCGCGACAAACGCGUUAAAAUAUUUCGGUGCGAUAAACUUCUUGCCAUGUUACGCCGUGACAAACGCGUUGAAAUGUGAUAUGUUGCAUUAUCGCAACAUUUGAGCGCUACUAGCGUAUAGUAAAUGACAAUGCGCAUUGGUGUUUGUCUAUCAUGCGUAUACGCGUAAAGAUUCGUUUAUAUCUACAGACACAGUGCGUCACAGACAAGCAGACACCCACAGAUCUAUUCACACUAGCAGGUAGCUAGUACGCAGGUAGCUAGAGACACGUAAAGUCCUUUUCAUGAAAGAAGUCCCCCAGUCGCGGCUCUAAUGUCUUAAUGGCGCUCAUUGUCAUUUGGUAAUGGCAGCCUUAUUGUCAUUUGUGUAAGGCGCUCUCAAUUUAAGUUCAGAUUAAAUAUUCUUUCCGCGACUACUGGGCGGGCGAUAGAUAAAUAUGUUAAUAAACACUACAGUAGAAUAAUAUUUCGUCUGCCACGGCACGUGUCUGGCACGCUAAAUGUCUGUGGAUAUAAGCGGACCUUUAGUCGCGUUAUGUUAGCGUCAGCGCAUUGUUUUUGCCGAUCGCGUAUUAAACCUAAGUGUAAAAGAGCUGUUAGUGUUAAUUCGGUUGUAUGCUAAGCCUGAACUAAAUCAAAGUGACAAAAAUCUACAUUUAAGUUCGCGAACAAUAAUUUUAAACCGAUUAGUCCGAAUUGAAGUCUAAUGUCGUAUACCAAAUACCUUAUCAGCUACUAUUUAGACAGGCUUCCAAAGAGAAGGUUUGUAAGUUCGAUUUGUAUGUAUUUAUAGCAUUUAAGUGCGAUUGGUAUCUGCGUGCCGCAUAGAAUAAACAAUAGGGUAAGUCGGGGAUAGAUAGCCAUAGGUUUUGCAAAAACUACAGAAGUUGAAAGUAACUAAAUUACUAAUUUAAUUGUAAAAACAUUAUAAUGGUGUUACUGUACAAUCGAAUUAGCAUUAUUGCCUUAUUAGGACGUGUUACUAAAGCGUUAGCCUAAGUCGCUUUUGCCUAGUCAGUCUGUACAUAUACCUUGUUCUGAUCGAGUAUAAUAUACAUUAAUCUUUAAUCCAUCGGCGAUUUCACAUUCAAAUAAGUUGAACUCCGUAAUUGUUGAUACAGCUUGUAUAUAUGUAUUUAUAGGAAUUUUGUGUUUCUUAUUAUUAAAAAAUAAACCAAUCAAAAAUUACUCAGUCUUGCAUGGUUAGAAAGAGCUAACGUGUGUGUUUUGACGAUUGUAUUAGUAGAAUAACUUCUUCGAACAUUCUAUCAACAAAAAUGAUUCAUUUUAGUUUAAAACUCAAUAUCAUGUUUUAACUUGGAAGACAUUUAUGGGAUUUCUCCAAAACUGUAUAAAAAUAUUACAUAUAUAGUGUCAGUUUUAGAUAUAAACGCUGUAAAUAAACUGCAGUUUUUAGUCAGUAUUUUCCCAAGGUUAUCAUUAAAAUCAUAUUUGUUAUGAUUUUUCAAAAAUCAUACGCAUAGCAAAGAUUUCCCCUAUUUCCUCUUUCUAUGAAAGCUCAAUAAAAAAUGUUUUCGUUUUUAUUUUGGAAAUAAAUUGUAAUUUAACAUACCAUAGAAAGUAAAUGAAAUAUACUUAAGAGGCACAAUUAUCCGCCCACUUUAAUAUGACGCGAGUAUAUUAAAGUGGGCGGAUAAAUAUGCCUCUGAGUAUAUAUGAAAAUCAUAAAACAUAUAAAAGGGUUCGCUGUAUUAUCCUGUAUACAGAAAAAAAUGUUUAAAAAUAAGAUAAUAUACCUCAAUUCGGAGCAUUUAACGAUAGUGUAAAAAAAAUAGAAUUAUAAGGGAACCGAUGUUGUGAGUUGCAUGUUAUUUAUGAGAUUAUCUAGUAACUAGGUAAAAAAAUGUAUAAGAAUUUUUUUGAUAAUUUAUUUUACUUUUAGUGUUUUUAUUUAAAACAUUAACAAAAAUAGAUAAUAAUUUGCUGCCUUUUUAAUUUACUAAAAAUUGAUAAUCUCUUAUUUUAAUAUUAUGUUUUAUUGUUAUCACAAUAUGUCGUUACUUAUUAAAUAAGUAAAUUGUCGACAAAAAGUUGUGUAAAAAGAUGUAAUUGUGUGCGAGUGACUUUGUAGUUGCGUCAAUUAUUAUUUCAAUCUUUUAGAAUAACAGAAAAAACUCAAUGGUCAUACCAUAGACUUUUGUCUUUUAUUCUGAAACUUGAUAUUCUUCUAUAUCAAUGACAAAGCAAUGUUAGUGUAAUUUAAUAUAUGUAUAGUUAUGUAUUUUAAUUUUAUUUAUUUCUUCACUAGUGUAGAAAAUGCGUUUAGUUGUACACUUAAUCUUUGAGUCCGUACCAAUGCUUUAGUGGUUGAUUAGCAUACAAACUAAGGAUUUAUCUGGCCAUAAACCUAGAUCUGAGUCUUAAAGGUGUUCUUGGGGAGAUUUUUCAUGUCCAUACAGCAAAUAUAUACUCAUAGCCACAAUUCAAGCCCUCUUUAAUAUGACGCGAGUAUAUUAAAGUGGGCGGAUAAUUGUGCCUCUGAGUAUAGUAUCAAACAAAUAUAUUAUGGCGAAAUUUAUAAGAGAUAAUUAUUUUUUGAGGUUUGAGUUAGAUUUUCAAAUGAGCCUAUUUAAGUUAUUUUUUUAAAUAAUAUUUUCUACAUUUAUAGGCAUAGAGCGACAAUUUGUUUUUCGCUCAUAAUUGUUUUUGAGUUAUGUCGUUGUUGCAUCCUAUAGUUAUUGUUUCAUUUUUACUAUGGCUAGUUACCUUAUGUAUAAGAGGUACUAAAAGGUGGUUGGGUAAAAAAACCGGUAUUAAUUGAAUGAUAUCUUUAUUUUAUACCAAUGAAUAAAUAAUGCUUUGGGCAGUCACAGACUAACGCAAUCCAGAAAGUUUUGGUGCGGAAUUAUAUUGGUUAUUUUAAUCCUACGGCUAUACAAAUAUUUUGGUAUUUUUGCACAAAGAUUUAAAAAAUACUAGUGUACCUAGUCUACAAUUUUUUGGCAAAGCAACGUUAGUAUGUUUUGUACUGUUGAUUAAUAAAAUGACGACAUUCCUUUAUUCGAUAAGUAUUUUACGCUAAACUGUUCUAAAAACAUGCGAUCUAGCUAAUGCGAAGAAUUCUAUACAUACCUAUAUAUUUUUAUAUGUACCCUCAAUAAGCAUACUUUAAAUAUAAACCAAAUCAGGCUUAAAUAUGUAUUUAGUAUAUUUAUACUAUUAACUGUCACAUAGUUGCCAUAUUCUCUUUGUAAUUCAUUUGUACCUGUUUAUUUUUUUUUAAUACCUAUUUACGGCUUUGUGAAAGUAAAUCUACGUGAUAAACUCUCAAGGCUAUUGUGAGGCUUUUUGCAUAUCAGUGGUCUGGUAUGUGAUCAGCCUUAAGUCGGUAACACACAGAACACACAACUUGUGACUAUAGAACCGCUGCCAAGCGCCUUUGUUGUAAUUGCAAUAGGUUGAAAAGUAUUUCGUUUUUAUUUAUUUAUUUAAGCAAUACAUAUUUUCUAAUUCGUUCUACUUCAUCCGUCAUUAAAACGUUUAUUUUUCGGUUUAAAAGGCUAGGCUUAUAGUGAAACUACAAACAGCUUAAAUGGCAGCAAUGUUUUCAUGUCUUCUUUACAAUCACAUCUACAGCAGUGUUAAGUAAAGCCGUUUGCGUUCUAUUUGUUACCGGAAUUAGGGAAUAUACAUAUACAUCUAGUCUAGUUAAGUUGAUCGGAUUUCUUUCGAGCUGUAAUGGUAAAAUUUUAGUACUGAAAAUUCGUUAAUGACAUUCGAGUGACGUCAUCAUGUUAAGAAUUCCACGGGAAUACUAAAAUGCAUUGCGGCUCAGCUUGAUCAGCUUUUGUUAUAAGGUAGCAAAUCUGUUGGAAUGUAUUUUUGUAAGCGUAAUACUGCAGUGCGGAGCUCCGAUUCUGUAUGCACUGAAAUUUGUGACGUCAUCAUUGAUAUGUACGGUUAAUGAGGCGAAAUAAAGAUUAACAAAUUGACAAUAUAAUUGCCUACGGCAAAUAAGGACAGUGAUAAUACUAGCUCGCUUUCGCAUGUAACUUAGUAACGGUGAAGUGUUUACGUAUUUAUCUCAUCUCUUUAAACAUACUAUAACUAUAACCGGUAUAACCGAACGGUUUGUUUUCACACAUGUGAAUCUCUUUCUAAAAGUGCAAUAGGUAUAUACCGAACGUGGUGUUUUCGCCAUUAUUUUUUAUAUUUUUUAACUUUUUAUUCUAAUUGAAUCCAUCUUCAAAUUAAUGGAUAUAAUUUGAAGAUUAAUUCAAAUCUUCUGUGUUGCGUCCUCAUAUUAUUUACUCACUAGUCUAAUGUCAAUAUUGAAGUCACAAAUUGCAAUUUAUGGGUUAAGUUUCUAAUGGAAUGUCAAAGAACCAUGGCCCAAAUUCAGAGGCCAAAUUGUUUUAGACAUUUUGUACUAUCCAUCAUACACAUCACACAGUCCAAGGGUGAAAUGCCAUCCCGCCUUUGUAGUUACGUAGGUAUUCACACCCGAACAACUCGUAGUGAGCCUACUUUUACUGAACCUUUGUAAUGUUGAAUUAAGCACAAAUUGUAAUUACUAAAUAAAUAAUAUAUAAUCUU